GUGCCAUCAUGCUGAGCUUCUUUCUGCUUCUUUAUUCUAGCUUUCUUAUGCAUUCCAUGAGGAAGCUAUUUUACACUGAUUUCUUUGUCAUGAGACACGGGAUUACUUCCCCUAUAUAUCAACUAGUUACUCGCGAUGCAAGGAUAUGCUGAAUCGCCCGGGAUACAGUAUGUAUGUAUAUACUUUACCCAGGAACCUGUUGGUGAGGGUAACAUCAGUUGAACCUCUGUAUCGAUGUCUCAACGAUACCAUGCCGUUACCUAGAUAAUACCCGACCGAAUAUGAACAGGACUUACACCUGUUAAUCACUUUCAACUUUCAGCUUGGAAGUGGGACUGUCCCGUACUGUACACUGCAAGCGUCGGAUGAUCAGCGGAAUCUACGCCUGGGGAGAGUUUCGGCCAGAUCGCCUAAUAAUUUCCCUUCUGCUCCUCCCAGUUCAAAACAUACUAUGUACUAUUUAAAAGGCAUUCAAGUAUGGCUAUCUUCUCACACGAGGUAGCAACAACCUCUAAGAGGUAAGGGAGUGAGUGGUAAGUUUGGGUGGAAAGAAUAACUAUUAGGUGUCAUGAGAUGCUUGCACUAAACAAGAGUAAGGAAGGUAUGUACUGAUACUACUGCAGCGGGAGGACAUUCCUAUGAAAACACUUAUUUAUCUAGUCCCCAGUACCCAGGUACGUAUUGAUUUCUUCUACCGCUUUCCCUCAAGUUACACUUCUUCACCCGAUUAUUUGUUCCUCCUGGUCUCAUUCCUUUUGUUUUCUUAUGUUUGGGUCAGCCAGCCUCAUCAAAGUAUAACGUGAUCUGGCCCAAUCCCCUGGACCAGUCCUGAAGGAUCUCAGGACACAAGCCCAAGAGAAACGUGGCUCGUGGCGGGCAUACCCUUACAACUUUUUUCUUUGUACGAGCACCCGGCAACACCGAAACAUGGACAAACACUGGACCAGCCAGCCGUCACCACAUCAAACGAGAAGACAAAUGAAAAAUCAGGAAAAAAGCAAAAAUACACCUU